CCACCUCCUAGCCGGCGGGGCUCCGGAGAGGCGCCGCUUGCUCGUCCGCGGAGCCGCUCGGCUGCCGCCGCCUCCGCCCUCCGCUCGCGGUGAGCCCGUCAGUCCCCGCACCGUGCGCUCGUCCGUCUGGGCCAUGGAUGGCGGGGAUCUGAUGAGCUUCUUUCUUCUGGUGUCAUUAACGGACCUUUUACCAUGAACAAUUCUACUCCUACAGGUGUGUAUGCUAAUGGGAAUGACAACAAGAAAUUUAAAGGAGAUAGACCUCCCUGUUCGCCUUCCCGUGUUCUCCAUCUUCGCAAAAUUCCAAGUGAUGUCACCGAAGCAGAGGUCAUAUCAUUAGGUCUACCAUUUGGCAAAGUUACUAAUCUUUUGAUGUUGAAAGGAAAAAGCCAGGCUUUCUUAGAAAUGGCUUCUGAGGAAGCUGCGGUUACUAUGGUGAAUUAUUACACUCCUGUUACUCCUCACCUUCGAAGCCAGCCUGUUUUUAUUCAGUAUUCCAAUCACAGAGAACUUAAGACUGACAAUCUACCUAAUCAAGCUAGAGCCCAAGCUGCAUUGCAGGCUGUCAGUGCUGUCCAGUCGGGAAGUCUGGCCCUUCCUGGAGCUCCUACCAAUGAAGGCACAAUCCUACCUGGGCAGAGCCCUGUGCUCCGAAUAAUUAUUGAAAACCUCUUUUACCCUGUUACUCUGGAAGUUCUUCAUCAGAUAUUUUCCAAAUUUGGCACAGUCUUGAAGAUUAUCACCUUUACAAAGAAUAAUCAGUUUCAAGCCUUGCUUCAAUAUGCUGACCCAGUGAAUGCACAUUAUGCCAAAAUGGCUCUGGAUGGCCAGAAUAUCUAUAAUGCAUGCUGCACUCUGCGUAUUGACUUCUCCAAGCUCACCAGCCUUAAUGUGAAAUAUAAUAAUGACAAAAGCAGAGACUUCACUCGUUUAGACCUUCCUACUGGUGAUGGCCAGCCAUCCCUUGAACCCCCUAUGGCCGCUGCUUUUGGUGCACCAGGUAUAAUUUCUUCACCCUAUGCAGGGGCAGCUGGAUUUGCCCCAGCCAUUGGAUUUCAUCAAGCUACAGGAUUAUCAGUCCCAGCUGUUCCUGGAGCUCUGGGCCCUCUCACAAUCACCUCCUCUGCUGUCACUGGAAGGAUGGCUAUUCCUGGGGCUGGUGGUAUACCAGGAAAUUCUGUUCUGCUUGUCACCAAUCUCAAUCCUGAUCUUAUCACACCACAUGGGCUUUUUAUCCUGUUUGGAGUAUAUGGUGAUGUACAUCGAGUGAAGAUUAUGUUUAAUAAGAAAGAAAAUGCUUUGGUUCAGAUGGCAGAUGCGAGUCAAGCUCAGCUAGCAAUGAACCACCUGAGUGGACAGAGACUUUAUGGAAAAGUACUUCGCGCUACACUGUCCAAACAUCAGGCAGUUCAGCUUCCUCGAGAGGGACAAGAAGACCAAGGUCUAACUAAGGAUUUUAGCAAUAGUCCUUUGCAUCGCUUUAAAAAACCUGGCUCUAAAAACUUCCAGAAUAUCUUUCCACCAUCAGCUACCCUGCAUCUUUCCAACAUUCCCCCUUCUGUCACAGUGGAUGAUCUGAAGAACCUUUUCACAGAAGCGGGAUGUUCAGUGAAGGCUUUUAAAUUCUUUCAAAAAGAUCGCAAAAUGGCACUCAUUCAGUUGGGAUCUGUGGAAGAAGCAAUCCAGGCCCUCAUUGAGCUUCAUAAUCAUGAUCUUGGAGAAAAUCACCACCUCAGAGUUUCCUUCUCAAAAUCUACAAUCUGAUUUUUCUGUGAAUUUUUCUCCUAAGACUGGACCAUAAUUUCAGUAAAACCUUCAGACAUAGACUGAAGCAGCUCAAGACCAAUUCUGCCUCUUUCACAAAAGUAACUCUGGUUUGAUAUUCAAGUAUAUACAGAAAAUCAAGGGAUAUUCUUUUCUUUUUCUUCUUUUUUUCCAUUUUUCCCCCCCUUGCCAGGAUGUGAUCAAAGGUUUGUUUUUCCUUUGUCCCAUAGUUUCUAUGAAAAUAACCUUCAGGAAAAAAAUUUUUUUUUUUUUUUUUUUCGAUAAUUUAAUUCCCUGUACUAAGUUAGGUUUCAAGAGGACAGACUUUCUUUUAGUUUGGGUCCAGAUCAGCCUUAUAAAACAUUUCUAAAAUCCUUUGUACUUUGGAAAAAUUUAAACAUACAGACUUUUAAAAUUACUUACAACCAGGUUUUUAACUUUAUGAUUCAGAAGUUCAACCCCUAUAGGAAAUUAUGUUCACUUAUAAAUUAUAUUAAUUAUUUAGCAUAUAUUGAUAGGUAUACACAAACAAAUUGGGUUGUAUUGGAAGAAAAUUUAUAAACUUGCAUGUUUUCCUUCAAUGGUUUCUUUUUUUCACUGUAGGACACUCCUUGGAAUAAUACAUAUCUUUAAUUUUUUAAAACUAUUUGGAGAAAUGAAGUGUCUCAAUUGUCCCCAAGGAAAUUAAAUAGAAUCCAAGAUCUAUUAAGGUGUCAAAAUAAUUAUUAGUUUUAUUAGGAAAAAUCAUGGUUUAAAUUUCAAAAUGACACUAUUUGCUGAGUAAUAUGAUCUUGGAAAAUUUAAAAAGAAAAUCCUACUUAUAAACUACUUUUUUAUAAUUGUUUUCAGAAAAAAAAAGUUUACAGUCUUAAGGAAAAUAUUCAGGUCUAUCAUAUGGUUUGACAGAUUUUUUAAAAGUUAUUUUUGGUAAGGUCUUAUUUUAGAAAAAAAUUAAUCUCAAGGGUUUUUUGUACCACUAUAAUCUCUAAUACUUAUUCAGAAUUACUGUGUAUUUACUUAAUUUCUUAUUAUGUGCCUUAUUAUGUGCUUAUGAUAUAAUAGGUUAGAAUUUUAUCUAAAUAUCUUGAAAGCUAUAUCGUGGGCUUGGUGAGCAUUUUGUUUUUCUUUCCCUGUUUUGGUAAGGAUUUUAAAGUUUUUUCAUUGCAAUUUUAAGUGGUUUUCAAUAAGUAAUAGUUUUUAUUCAAAUUUUUGGUGCUUUGGUGCAGAGAUGGGGUAGGGAAGGGUGAAUGGUUUGGGUAAUAACUCAGUGCACACCUGUAGGCCUCUUUACAUUGUGACCAGUAGUGGUCGUGCAGUCCUUGACAGAGCAUACCAGUUUGGUACUGUAAAAUGCAGUCUCAGUUUCUGGAUCUUGUCUAAUCUUUCUCACUCAUUAGAAUUUGUCUCAGGAUUACUUGGCUUUUCUCAGUUCUCAAGUGACAUGCUUUUCUUUGUUACUAUAACUUCAUUACUGAGUGCCCUGCCUACAUGGAAUAUGAUGAGGUGGGGUCCUUUUUCAUACUCUGUCCCUCUCUGUGGUUGAGUGUAAGAAUACAUUUUCAUGUUGCUUCAGUGAUUAUAUAAUGUAAGAUUACUUCUUUUUAAUUAGAAACUUUACGUUCUUUAAUUUUUUUCAGUGCUUGAUCGGAUUUUUUUAAGAAGCAGAGUUUAGUAAAGGGGUCAUUUUUGUCCAUCCUUUUUACAGUUUUUAGAUCCUCAGAGUAGCUCAUCUCACCUUCAAGAAUUUCCAUUUCUUUGCUAUAUUCCAACCAUUAGCUUGAAUGUUGAAAGAUUAUUUCAAAAAAUUGGAGACUACAGGAAAUACCAUAGAUUAUUAAAAAGCAGAGGGGGCGCCUGGGUGGCUCAGUGGGUUAAAGCCUCUGCCUUCAACU